AUGAUCUUGCUAGAAAUCAAUAACCGCAUCAUUGAAGAGACGCUGUCGUUGAAGUUCGACGGCGCAUCGAACGGAACCAAACCCGAGGCUGUUGAUGUAACAUUUGCAGACUUUGAUGGCGUGUUGUACCACAUCUCUAACCCUAAUGGCGAUAAGACCAAAGUGAUGGUCAGCAUCUCCCUGAAGUUCUACAAGGAACUACAGGAGCAUGGGGCUGACGAGCUGCUGAAGAAAGUGUACGGGAGCUUCCUUGUUUCUCCAGAGGCUGGUUACAAUGUAUCACUCCUUUAUGACCUGGAUGCCCUACCAGGCAAUAAAGAUGAGGUUGUGCACCAAGCAGGGAUGCUGAAGCGAAACUGCUUUGCCUCCGUAUUUGAAAAAUACUUCAAGUUCCAGGAGGAGGGUAAAGAGGGCGAGAAAAGGGCUGUGGUCCACUACAGAGAUGAUGAGUCCAUGUAUGUGGAGGCCAAGAAAGACCGGGUGACGGUGGUGUUCAGUACAGUGUUCAAAGACGACGAUGACGUCGUCAUCGGCAAAGUCUUCAUGCAGGAGUUUAAAGAGGGUCGGAGAGCAAGCCACACAGCCCCGCAGGUGCUUUUCAGCCACAGGGAGCCACCCCUGGAACUAAAGGAUACAGAUGCAGCUAUCGGGGACAACAUUGGAUACAUCACUUUUGUCCUUUUCCCACGUCACACCAAUGCCAAUGCUAGAGACAACACCAUCAACCUCAUUCACACCUUCAGGGACUACCUGCAUUAUCAUAUAAAGUGCUCCAAGGCCUACAUUCACACACGGAUGAGGGCCAAGACGUCAGACUUCCUGAAAGUUCUCAACCGUGCCCGACCCGACGCUGAGAAGAAGGAGAUGAAGACCAUUUCUGGGAAGACCUUCUCCCGCUGA